AUGCAAUACUGCGUCCAACUGCUGCUGGCGCUCUGCAAUUAUAUCGAGAACGUUCUGACCCUCGAGAAUGGUGGUAGAGUGGUCGGUGUUAGGAAACAUGUGGAAUGGAGUUUCAAGGUUCGGAAUCUGCUGAAGUUGAGCAAGACGUCGAUGUUGAUGAUUGAUGCAGAUGACCUGUGCCACUCGCUUCAAGAAAAGACCGCCCGCGCAACUCUCUUCACCGCUAUCACAAGGCACAUUUACAAAGACACAAUCCUCAUCGUAGACGGGAUGAACGACAUCAAGGGGUUCAGAUACCAGUUGUAUUGCAAGGCCCGAGAGGCUGGUGUAAGGGUCGCUACGCGCUUCGAAGAGCCCUCGUCUAUGGUCCGCUGGGACGCUCCACUCUUUACCAUCCUCUGGGAUGACCCAACACCUCCACUCGAACGCAUAUCAGAUGCAGUCACAACUGGCAUCGUCAAAUCUCCCAACCAUACGACAAACGCGCUAGUUUCUGUGCUUAUGGCUGCUCAGGCUGCUGGUCCGAUCGGGGGACCUAUCGUCAUCACCAUCGCCACGCUCGAACCUAGUUCGAACACCAGUGCCAUUGAUAGUUCUGUGCUCCGUGUCCGCUUAGCACUCUCACAUCGUGCACUGACGCUAUCAGAACUGCAACCGCUCAAACGCCAAUUCGUGGCUGCGCGCCGGAAAGCUGUAACAUUGGGAAGCACGGAAAAGGGGAGGGUGGAAUGGGGAGAGGAAGGCGUGGGACGUGCGUUUGCUGAGUUUUUGGAGGAGGGGUUGGGUGUUACGAGGUGA